AAGCGCGAAGUGCCCGGAUGUUAGCUGUCCAGAGAAAGACGAACGGGAAAAGACACGGGAGAGGCGGAGAGGGGAGACACGGACAAACCGGCAGAGGGACAGGCAGUCUGUAAACCUGCGAUAACCUUACACAACCCAGACACUUUCCUUUUUUAACCAAGAGAGAGGACGGUUUAUCUUUUUUUUGGCUGAAAAGGAAGGGGAGGGGACGGUUAACUUUGCCUAACCUGGACUGCUUUUGCUCAACAGGACAACCGCCUGUGAAAUCAAACCCGGUUUUGAUCUGGAAUCUGCCGAGGCGCUUGGGCUCCGAUCUGAAGGAGCUUCCGCGCUCGCCCCUAGUCUUUCCCCGGUCUCCAUCUGCUCCAUCCACCAUGACCUCGGAGCUGGAGAGCAGUUUAACCUCCAUGGACUGGCUGCCGCAGCUGACCAUGCGGGCGGCCAUCCAGAAGGCUGAUGCCCAGAGUACCCACGGCCCAGGCAUGGCUAAGAAGAGUGCCCUGCUGGACCCGAACACUACCCUGGACCAGGAGGAGGUACAGCAGCACAAAGAUGGAAAGCCGCCAUACAGCUACGCCAGCCUCAUCACGUUUGCCAUCAACAGCUCACCAAAGAAGAAAAUGACCCUGAGCGAAAUCUACCAGUGGAUCUGUGACAAUUUCCCCUACUACAGAGAGGCGGGCAGUGGCUGGAAGAAUUCUAUACGGCACAAUCUUUCAUUGAACAAGUGUUUUCUUAAAGUGCCUCGGUCCAAAGAUGAUCCAGGAAAGGGUUCGUACUGGGCGAUCGAUACAAAUCCAAAGGAGGACACGUUGCCCACCCGGCCCAAGAAAAGGCCGCGGUCUGGAGAACGGGCUUCCACACCCUACAGUCUGGAGUCUGAUUCCCUGGGAAUGGACUGCAUCAUCUCUGGAAGUGCCUCUCCGACACUGGCAAUCAACACUGUGACUAACAAGGUGGCGUUAUACAACCCAGACCAAGACGGGAGUGAUAGCCCCAGAAGCAGCCUUAACAACAGCCUGUCUGACCAGAGCCUAGCCUCAGUUAACCUGAACAGUGUGGGCAGUGUGCACAGCUACACCCCGGUGACAAGUCACCCAGAGCCAGUGUCCCAGUCUAUGAGCCUGCAGCAGGCUCCCCAGCCCCAGUACAGCAUCCCCGAGCGAGACAAGCAGCUCCUCUUCUCUGACUUUGAAGAUCUCAGUGCCUCGUUCCGCAGCCUUUACAAGUCUGUAUUUGAGCAGUCUUUCAACCAACCGAGUCUGAUGAUACCAUCGGAGUCUUCCCAGCAGAGCCACACCUCUUGCUCCUACCAGCACUCCCCGAGCAGCGCCAUCAGCACCCACCCACACACCAGUCAGAACAGCAUCACCAACUCGCACCCCAACAGUAUCUCCAACAGCGGUGCACAGGUGCCCCUGUCGCACCCGUCCCACUCUGCCCACAGCUCUCCCCACACACAGCACCUCUCUCAGCAUGGGCCACACCCCCACGCCCAACAUGGCCAGCACCCACACUCGGCGCACACCCAGCACCAGGCACACACUCAACACACUCAACACACCCAGCACUCUCAACACAGUCAACACUCCCAGCACACACAGCAGCCCCAACAGCACCAGAAUCUCUCUCACCAGCCCCAUCCAGCCCAGCAGCAGAUGCCCUGCAGCACUGGUCUGCCAAGUGACUGGUAUCCUAAUCUGGAUGCACUGAAGGAAAGUUGUCGCAUUGCCAGCAGCUACAACUGGGCGGAUGUGGACCUUUCACCUUUUCAAGGAUUGAGAGAGAGCAUGAGGCAGGCCGAGCUGAAUAACUGGUCUCUGGAGCCGACUCAGAUUGUGGACCUCUGUUCGUCCAUCAACCAGUUUUUUGCCCGCACUGGAGUCAUUCAGUCACAAGGGGCAGUGCAGCCACCCGUGUGUCAUGGCACCAUGCAUCCCACCAAACCCAGCCAGCACAUAAAUACAGGAAAUAUGUACAUGGACACAAGACAGAGCAUGACCUCCAUGAUGGGUCCUCCAGGCUAUCCCCACAUGCCCCCCAUGAACAGUACAGGCAACACCAUGACGGGCCAUCAUGCACAGAUGAAUCAGCAGCACAUGAUGCCUACCGGAAACUUCCCGAUGCGCCGCAUGCCUGCUGACGACAUCCAAGACGACUUUGAUUGGGACUCUAUUGUCUAGCGCUGUCCCUGUACGAGAAGGGACGUGCAGGCAAAAUAAGUCGCUUGGAAGAAGAAAAAGAGUGUGUAUGUGUGCGAGAUAGAGGGGUGCUAGUCCCAAGAUAUCUGCAUGCCCCAAGGCGGGAAGCAGUUUGGAACAGGGCGCUUCAAAAAAAAAAAGUGCAGGUGUCAUUGAUAUGAGCUGAAAGAGACUCUUGUUGUCCUGAUGUUUUAGGAAAUGAAAAACAAACAAAAAGUUACUUUGAAGACAAUCACGUUUACCUACAAAUGUUUAAGUGAUUGAUUUUGUACUUGUCCAAAGGACAAAGCUCAUGUUCAUGUUAAAUGUAAAGCCCCCGCUCUCCUUUCCCCCCGCCUUAUCCCGUUCUCUGUGGCGCCACAAACUCUAUUCAGUUUUCCAGCUCCCUUUUCCGCAAGUCAGCUAUUAGGACAAGCUCUUCCCUUCCCCUAAAUCUUACGUGUGUGAGAUGUUUGUUUGUUUUUUUUUAAGUUAUUUUGUGUGAUGUCUCCUGGUGAAGGCCUUCACUGCCUUUCGGCUCUCAUUCGUGAUGUGGUAUCACCUUUGAAAAUGCAGGCCACUUCAGACAGAAAGGUUCUCAGCUCACUUUGUCUGCAUAGCGCCGCUGUUUCUCUAGGUCUCUGUGUAAUUCGGUGCUUCACAUAUCACAUGAGCCUUUACCGUAACAUCAAAAAACAUCCAAACAUCCGAAUCAGUUUUCUGUGCUAGCGAAUGAUUAUGCAUUGUCGUUUUUUUUUUUUUUUUUUUUUUUUUUGAUUGGUAUAGCUCAUACGAUGUAUGUAAAGUUGACGCCAUUACCUGCAGUAUUUGUAGUUGUGUAUCUUUGUUGUCUGUGAUGUAUCAUACUCCUGUUACUGAUUUAUUUCAUUUUUCUAACAGUGUGAAAUGGUGCAUCUUGAACUGACAUUGAUUCCGACCUCACUUUUUAAACCCCCCCUGUUAAUUUCUCUUCCACCAUCAUGUUCAUAUCUGCAUGUACAGUUGGUUUUCCUUGUUGGAUUCUUGCCAUUUCCUGUUGAGACUGUGCAGCUCUGGCUGGUCGUGUUUAAGGCCUACUCCAGAUUUCGUGUAUUUUUUUCAGGAGAAAAGGUUGCUCUGGGAGGAAAAAAAAGGCACAAAUACUUUAAAAUCACCAAAUAAAGCAGAGACACAUGCUGCCUACAACAAAGGGGUGGAAGUCAUGUCACGACAUUUGCUUAGUGACGCAUGCUAGUCCUCUAGGUUUUAUACAUUUACACGGUCACCUUGCUGUUUCGCUGCUCCAACAAGGACUUAUGCAGAGUACUUGUAAUGGUUUUGGAGCGAGAAUGUUGGGAGGUAUAUUGUAGCUUAGAAAGAUGACAUUGCAGAGCUGUUUCGGGGGAAGACAUGGCCUUCUAUAUUUAACUGCUAUACAUGACGAAGCAAUUUUGGGGCCCUUACUUAAAAAAGUCUCUGAAUGAAUGAUGAAUAUUGACUUAGUCCAUACUGUAGAUAGGAGGGGACAGGAGGAAAAUCUAAAAUACUCUAAGAGCUAUCUUUCUAACUGAAUAAUUUUAAAGUAUUGCAGUUUUGCCAUGAGCAACUGUCAGGUUAAUGUCACUGUCGUUAAUUAGGGCCGUUAGGGGUAUAACGGUACGCAAACGGCAUGGUUCGGUUCUCGAGUUUGAAGUCACGGUCCAUUAUGUUUUCUGUACAGAAGUGACCAAAUAAACAUAAAUAAUUAAUAUAAUCAGUUCGUCCAACCAGUUUUCUGAAUACAUAGGAAAGGCACAAAAAGGCACACACACAAAUGUUCCUUUAAAUAAGGGACAUUUAAAUGACAUUUUUAACAUUAUUUGCUACUUUUGUACAAUACAUAAGUCCGUGAACACUGCUUUUUUUUUUUUUUUUUAGGGGCAAUCAAUAUCUGUUGUAAGUAUGUCCACCAGAAUACCAGCGCAACACAGAUCACCUUUUAUUAUUAUUCUCAACUCUGUUAACGAAGUGGCAUCAAAUGAACAUGGCUCCACACAGUGUCAGGAAAAACAGAGAUAGAUCGUAUAAAAAUUAAAAGAAUCAUACUGUAUAUUCAAGUAUUAGCUUUAAUCAAUAUACAGAUUAUUUUAUUUUUUUUCGGAAAGAACUGACUACACAAAGAGCCGAAGGUCACCAACCCAGCAGCGUCCAAAUUCCCCAGAUCACAGUCCGAUUGCGCACCCGUAAAAUGCCCCGGACAAACAAUUCUGGAGGCAUCAGAACCCUCAGCGCUCACAGUAUCCACUGCCAAAAUCCUGGUGUCAGACACCACAGCACACCCGCUGAGGCCCUGUGAGGUUGCACAUCUCAAUUAGAUGUCUAGCCAAUUGCUAACAAAACCUGAAAUCCAUAUUCCCACUUUGUCUGUCAAACACACAGAUGUUGGAAAUUACAAAAUUCUGCUCAGCGUACGUAACGCUCGACUAUGCUUUUAAUGAACUUGUUCAUCUGUCUUUUCCAACUGGUACAAAAUUCAGUCGGACCAUGAGGCGCAAACAAACCGAACAUGCUGUACUGAACAGUACAGUACGGAUAGGUGUACCGUUCCACCUCUAAGGCCUAUUGAGUAUGAUCAUUUUUACCAGUGAGCACAAUGUUGAAGGUGAGGGGGGAAAAUUGAUUAAUAGGGUAAAAUAGAUCUGGGUUGUCGGUAUAAAUAGCAAGCACUUUGCUUAUUAACUCUACUGUCUAUCGAGCAGUCAUGAAAAGUGAUUUGUGACAAAAGCAUCACGGAUAUCAUUGAUGUCGGUAGUGGAUUAGUGGGAUCGAUGUGCCACCUAUCCAUUUGAGUUCCCCUUUCCCAAGCUCCAACACCACUGCUCUAUGAAUUUGACCCCGUCCAAGCUAACAGUUUUUUUUAGCCUUUAUUAAAUUCAUUAAUAUGAAUGAGUGUAUGAUUACACAUUAGUAUUUGAUAUGUUGACGAUAUCGUGGUUAUGAUCUAUAGACAAUCAUGUUUUGUAUUUUAGUAUUACAGGAUCUGCAGAUAAUUGUUGCUUUUAUUCCACUUACACUUAGUUGUAGUGAUGGAACGACUUAAGAAACCCUGUCUUUUUACACACACACACACACAUAUAUAUGAAUGUAUUUGUAUAAAACAAAGUGGUAUUCAAGGCCCACAAAUGCUCUGCAUUCUUUAUUCACCAAAAAUUUACAAAAGUCCCCCACCCGCCCUGCAUGAUGCCCAGUACCGUACUGAGCUGAAAUAUUUUCACACCCGUUAGCUUCUGUGCUUUUAUGUAUGAAUAAGGCUGAUUAAACACUGCAUCUGAGGAUGCCACAGUAGAGACCACACACUGUCCCAACAUAUACUCUCUUAUUUCUUUCUUUCUUUUUUUUUUUUUUUUUAAAGACCUCAUAAUGUGUAUUUGCUUACAUACUGAUGAUCAUUUGACUUAUGCACUUUUAUGUGGGAAUAUUAUGCCAAUUAGUCAGUCAAGGGUUUAUACUUGGACCCAAAGCAAGUAUAUUUUUUUGGUAAUUAUUAAGAUAGCUUAAUAUAUGGACAGCUAAUACUUUUUUUUUUUUAGUAAAACAUCUACAUUGUGAAGCAGCAACAGAAGGAGAAGCCAGUCAAAAAAAAAAAAGGAGAGGAAAAAUUUAAAUUUUAAAACAAGGAGUCAUGGAUUGCCAAAUGAAUGAUAGUACAGUCCAGCAUGCAUCACUUAGGUGAACCACCAGCAGAUUCUGAGGAUGUGCGUUAGUAGAAAGAAGUUGCAGACAGUAAGCAAGCUCAAGAUAUACAUGUAUAUUUAAUAAUUUUAUUAAAUCCAUAGAUUUUUGUUUGUUUGUUUGUUUGUUUUUAAAUUCUGUGUAACAGGAUUUUUAAGGCAGUGAAAUGUGCAUUCUGGUUAAAAUACUGUCUGUAAGCUGUAUAACUUGAACCUGCUGGUUAUCUGAGAGGUUUUCGAUAUGAAAGCGGCUUUAGUUAACACCAAGUUCAUACUAGUCGAUGUCACCUUGUUUUGUAACGUUAUUUUGCAAAACCAUAUUAAAUACAUUUAUAUUUACUUGUCUUUAAAAAUGGAUUAUCCAGAACCAUUCACUGUGCAUUUGUCAUUACAGUUUGUGCUAUCAGAGUACCUGCAUUUUUUUCCUCAAUGUUUAAAACAGUGUCCACUGUCCAUGUUUAAUUGUUUUUCUCGUCACAGCUCAUCUUGCCGACCUUGUUUUUGUUUGUUUGUUUGUUUUUUUACCUUCUGCUACGUUUUGUAACCGUUCCCCCCUUUUCUGUGGCCCCAUUUUUAUGAAGCCUAGAAAGUGCUUUUAACCGCUGACUCGUCUUUUGUGCACUUUGAAAAAUAAUCAGAUUUUGAAAGCACAACUGCAGCCAUCGUUCAUGUUAUGCUGUGAGUGGACAUCCGAUGUAGACCUUUUGCCCUCAAACCGUUUUCAUUCGGCACCACGUUUUGGGUAUAUUGUCCUGAUAUGCUGCCCGUUAAACAGACUGUUUGGAACAAUGCUAUAGGUACUGUGAUGCUGUAUAUGAAAAAAAAAAAUCAUAGACAUGGUUAUAAUUUAUGGCUUAAAGACUUAAAGCUACAUUUUUAAAGGCAGCGAGGAAAUUGAAGUGAAAGGAAAGCCUGAGAGCCAAGCCGAUGGGGUGUAUGAAUACAACUAAUGUAGUAGUACUUAUGAAAUAGUUGCUCCCUUUUUAUGCGAGUGUUGUGUGAAAGUUGUGUAAAAAAAAAAAAAAAUCAUUUUAAGUGGAAAUGCACCUGCCAGAGAGAUUAUUAUAUAAACGGGGACUGAACGAGAAGCGUAGUUACACUUAAGGGAGAAAACUGCCAACAACAUAUGGUAUUUGAGGCCUAUUUUAUUAAUUGUUGGUGUGGUGUUGUGCUUGUUGUAAAUAUAUGUCUUUUCAAUUGUCCUUUUUUUUCUGGGGGGGAGGGGUGGGGGGGAGGGGUGUUGAGGCAAGGGCUCGGGGGUUCGCCUUCAAAAGAAAAAUCGAGAAGCAUACAGAGUAUUUUGUUAUUGUCCAAUCCAAGGGUGAUACAAUAUGUAUAUAUCUAUAUUGUAUAUAUGUGCGUUGGCUUUUUGUGUGACACUACCUUUUACCUGUACUAUGGUUGAACAUUGUGUUAAUGUUUAUGUAUUUUAAUCUUUGUUUUCUGUUUGUUUCGUCUGUCAUUUCUCGUAUUUUUUUUCCUUCCUUUUUUCCUUCGUUAUUGCACGGUUUAUUACUUUUGCUGUCCAACAAAAUGACACAGCUACUCCUUGUAUCGGUUUAGUGCUGUAACAUAACUCCAUGUAAAGUGUCAUUAGGAUUGUCAGUACAACCCUCUGCCCCCCAGAUAUGCAUGAAUGGAAUUUAAAGAAAUAAAAUAUGUUAACUUCACUGUGGAA